AUAUACAGUUUAAAAUAAUGUUUGUUUAGGUUUAUCAAAUUACCGGUAUUGUAAAAUAUAAAAUGGUUUCAGUAUUUUGUCGUUUCAGAGAGUAAUACUAAGUCAUAGAAAGUCUUGAAAUCACUUAACUACAUUAUGGAUUGGGGCGUUGAACUCUGGGAUCAAUUUGAAAAUGUGGACAAACAUUUGCACCAUGGAAUAGAAUAUACGGAUAAAUACAUGAAAUUUGUGCAAGAAAGAAGCUCCGUGGAACAGGAUUACGCAAAACAACUUCGAAGACUUGCAAAAAAAUAUUCGCCUAAAAAAAAAGACGACGAUGCAUCAAUAUUUUCAACAAAUAAAGCUUUUGCAAGUCAGCUUGCAGAAUUGAAUGAUAUAGCAGGACAACAUGAGAUUGUUGCCGAAAGUCUUUUGAAGUCAAUCGUUAAGAAUUUACACGCAUUCAUCAAUGAACUCAGACUCGAGAAAAAGAAGGCGUAUCAAGAAGGUCGAUCGAUGCAAGCUACACUCGAUGCGCAUGAGCGAUCACUGGAACAAACAAAACGAAAAUUUGAAAAAGAAUGGAGGGAGAGUGAAAGAGCGCAAGCUUAUUUUGAAAAGUUAGACCAGGAUCCGAAUGUCACGAAAGCUGAAGUUGAUAAGGCGAAACAAUCCUUAGUAGUAAAGAAGGAUCAAGUAGAAUCUUGCAAAGGAGAUUAUGCAUCAGCAUUAACACAUUUCAAUGAAGAACAGAGGAACCAUUACCAGACAAAUAUGCCUAAAGUUUUUGAAAAUUUUCGAGACAUGGAUGAACGGCGGGUAAAGAAAGUAUCUGAAGUGAUGGAAGAAUUUGCCACGAUCGAUUCAAACGUUAAACCUAUCAUUAAUAAAUGUCUCGAUGGAAUGAAACUUGCUGCGAAAGCUGUUGACUCUACUCUAGACGCAAAAAUAGUUGUUGAAAAAUACAAGUCAGGUUUUUAUCCUCCGAAUGAUAAAGAGUUUGAAGAUUACACUUCACCUUCACAUGCAAACACGAAUGAAGAUCACGCUAAUUCACCUCGUAAUUCUGUGAAUAUUUCGCGAGGAGCUAAUAAGAAAGGACUGAGCUGGCUCUUUGGUGGCAAAAAGCAGAAAGUCAAAUCAGUUAACUCUGAUGAAGACGGCUCAGAAAAAUCUGAUUCAAUCGAUGACAAACAGCAUUCUGGAUCAACCGAAAAUGUCAACAAAGCACGAAAUGUAUCGUGCAGUUCGGAUAGCUCCAGGGCAGCACCAAGUGGUAGUUCGAUGGAAGGUGGUGAUAAUGCAGACGUUCAAAUGAGGGACAAAAAAUCUACGAUAAAUGACCAACAAUUCCUCAGGCAAUCGUUAACCGCAGGGCGAAAAAAAAUCUUUUCAGUUUUUAAAGAAAAAACUCAAAAACCCAAAACUAGUCCUCCCACUAAACCCCCUCGUCCGAGAAAAUCUGUCCAAAUUUCCGGUCCUGUUGCAACGGAUGCUGCGAUGCUUCCAUCAGCUGAUUACUUGGUGCCAAUAAAAAGCAUGCAAGCAGAACAAAAAGAAAAUUCACAUCCGGUCGUUGACCACACAUACUCCGAAGUUCCUGGAAGCGAGGAUGAAUUCACAGAUGAUUCUAUCGAUGACCCGACAGAAACAGACACGCCCAUUACGAAGGUCGUUGAAUCAGCAGAUUAUUCUCAUCUUCCACCAGAACAGCGGAAGAAAAAACUUCAGAAACAUAUUGAUGAAUUGAAGCAACAGCUUGCAAAGGAAAGCGAUGGGCGGAACGCAUUAUUGAAAAUGCAAGAAGUUUAUCGAUCAAACCCAGCAUUAGGAGACGCAGGAUCGCUCGAUCCACAACUCAAACAAUGCGAUGAUGCAGUCGCAAGAAUUGAAACAGAUUUAAAACAAUAUGAAGCUUGGUAUGCAGAAGCAUCAGGUGGUGCUCCUCCCAGACCUGCGCCAGCUGCGGUCACACAGUCAUCCACAAAACCACAGUAUUCUCAGCCAUUGAAGUCCGAACCGGAGACAAGAAAUGCUCAGCUAAGACACGAAGAUAGUUUUGCUGAUGAAUUUGAUGAUGAAGCCGUCGGAACUUGCAUCGCACUUUUUGAUUUCACAGCUGAAAGUGAAGGGGCAAUGUCAAUGAAAGAAGGCGAAGAAUUUACUGUUUUAGAAGCCGAUAAAGGUGAUGGUUGGACAAGGGUUUUAAAAGAUGAAGUGGAUGGAUACGUCCCAACUUCUUAUCUGGAGCUUAAACUUUACUGAUUGUUACCAUAGCAACCGUCGCAGAUGAAUAAUUCUGCUUUCUAAGCACCAUCGCCAUGGAAACGACAUGCCUGUUAUCAAGCAAAUCAGCAUUUUUAUUCGUUCCUGUUUGAUUUUUCCGUUAUAUUAUUAUGUGUGCUGCUGCAAUAUUAUAUACAAGCAUUGGGAGCUCGCCGUGUGAGCUAUAUCGCAAAUUUAAUAGUGUUUUAGCUAUAUUUUUUAGCAGAAUCUUCGCUACUCCGAAAUGAUUCUUACCGACAACAUAUUAGGAUGAUAGUUUGUCAUUGGUUAGAGACAGGAUUUUUUAAAUUCUCAAUUUUGGGAAAUUCAACACUAUAUUUAAUAGUCUUCAUUCAAUGUCUGAAAACUGAUAGAAAUAAAAAAAGUCGAAACAUUCUCAUCUUAAUUGCCAUGCAUUUCCAAAUUCAAACUGAAUAUACAUUGACUUCUACGACCUGCCUAAUUUAGGAUGUGUUCGAUAAUGUAUUUUAAGAAUGACUACUUGAAUAUGAAUCAACUAGUCAGGUAAAUAACUGGUCAACUAUUCAAAAUAUUCCCCGACAUAAGCUGAUAAGAGGCUGUGCUUUUCCGUCUCAUCAACUUUCCUCUUUUAGAUAAUAAUGAAAAUCCUAGAGUUCAUUUGGAGUAAUAAUUUUUUUGAUUGUAACCUUCCGCUAUUUUGAGAGGUAGAUAUCUGAAUAGCGGUAUUCUACAAUUUACCUACAAAUUCUGAAUAUUUUAAAUUGAUGGAUUGGCAUCAGAAUAUGUUCUCUUUUGCGUUCGGGAGUGUUUUGUAAGUAAUUCAGUACGGCUUCAGCUUCCAAGUUAUCGGUGAUCAUAAUUUUCAAUGAAUUUUAAUCAAUAUUAUAUAAUAUACCUUUUAUUCAUUCGAUUUGACAACUCAAUAUGAAGUGAAUGCUAAGAAAACUGAGUUGUGUCUGUGAGAUUUUAUAAAUAUCACCCUAAUUCAAUGAAAUCAAAUUAUCCAUAUCGUACUAUUAGAGAUUCUAUUGAUUGUUGGGCCAGUGUUACAUAUGUUUUAUUUAGUUGUUAAAAUUAAUCAUCUGUUUUGUGAGUGGGUCACCUACAACUUCUCUGCUGACAAUAUAUUUUAGGGUGAGCGCUGUUAACCUUGCUUAGGGUAGACUUCCUAAUAGUGAAUAGGUCUGUUUUGUGGGUCACAGUCAGUAAGGGAAUGCAACUUCCCUAAUGACCCAUAUUUGAGUGUUAGCGCUUGGAAACUUGCUUAAAUUAAUCAGUCUUUCCAGAUAAGCAUACAUGAUGGAGUUUCUUAAUUCCUAACCCUCGACUUGAGUCUCUACAAGAACGCCCGGCUCUUUACCUCCCAGUAUCUGCUCAUUUAGAGUCUCGUUCAGAGCAAAGUUGUAAUAAAACACCUAAACAAGGGAAUAUCAUUGUAUGAAGAUUUCUACUACACUACACCCAAGAAUUCCUUCUAUUACUAUUUUCCGAUGUUAGAAAUAUAAUAAUCUUCCUUUCUGUAAAUCAUGAUUCUUGGAUCUUAACCCUAUAAAAACGAGCAUGACAAAUCCCCCCCCCCAUAGCUGUCUUUUCAUGCUCAUACCCAAUCGACAAUACUUCAAUGGCAUGAGUGGGGGUGAUUGUAUAACUUGAAUCAAUAUUAUUAUAUCAUAAAACUGUCAGUUUUUUCAUUAUGAGGUCAUAGUAAUUUAACUGCAAUAUUUCGUAUUUUUUUUUAAUCGCCAGCCAUGUAGUUUUUUAAUGAAGUACUUGCCUGAUAGAUACCGAUAUCUGAAAUUAUUCAAGUUCAUGCAUUUGGAACAACUAUUACCAAACCAACCAAAUAAUAAUCGAAUGGCUUGCUAUAUGAUUGAAUUGCGGCCGCCUUGGACUUCUUACAUGGAACAAAUAUGAAAAAUUCUAAUCUGACUCCUGAGCUUCUGAUUCUGGAAUACCAGUACUAAAAAGUUGACUCUGGCUAUGGAGAACUCGAAUUUUUAAUUUAGCACCCGGCCAGCAAAAACUCAGACCUACUCAACAGCACUGUUUUUCUCGUUCUAUAAAUUCACUCGUACUUAUACAUUUGACAAAAGCAUAUAACAACCAUAUAUCUGGAAUGCCAAAAUGGCUGCAGUAAAUCCUAUUUUUAAACAAGGAAGAGCGAAUAAAUCACCAUGUUUUAGUUUUACCGUACCAUUCUGCCAGCUUUCCCUUCCUCUAAAAGUAAAAAUCAAAUCGUAAUUAUGUCAACAGGAACACUGCUGAUUAUCUCAUCUAUUUUAUCACUAAUAUCGUAUUUUUAUUGAUGUUAAAAUUUCAAAGAAGAUUUGAGCCAGCCUUGGGAUUCUACUGAUACUCCAUACUGACGUUGUCAAAAAUCUUGCUUGAAAUUUUUAACAAUUUAUUUGUGUAUCUGGUUAUUUUUUUUGUCGAAUUGAUGUUUGAAAAAAGUGUA